AUGUCAGGCGAGGCAGUGGCAGGGAGGCAGGGAGAGGGAGGGGACGAGCGAAGAGCAUGAAACUGGCUGUAAACACAGCGGCGCCUCCAGAAGCAGCCACGGCCCCGCCAGUCCAGCCUGCCUCGGGGCUCCAUCUCCCAGGAGCCGCCCUCGCGUAGAGGAAACCUCUCCAGCUGUUGCACUGCCGAGGUAACGACCAGUGGUGGGAGUGCCUGCCUCUAGUUCUGGCCAGAAGGAACUGCAAAUGCCAAGGAGCUUGGUUGGAGGCUAUGCAGGAGACUUUCCUGCUGAGUGCUGGAACGCAGAACUAGUUUGGAGGCUUUCCCCGUCUCCAAAUACGUAGGUAAGUUCAAGAGCUGGUGGGUCAGCCAAGGGGUUAGUUGUGUAUACUGUAUAGGAAGGAACGAAAACUCCAUGGCGCUCCCCCCAAAAAGAAAAAUCUGGUGGGGGUGGGGGGGAGGUUUGUGGUGCCAAAUAUGUGAAUGAAACUAGCCCAAUAGCCUACUGCUUUUUCUUAAAAUGCUUUACACUAUAUUGCUUCCGAAAUGUCUUUAUCUCCACCAAAACCUUUUUAUUUUUCUAUCUGCUUGACUUCAGUUUUUAAUAGGACAGUCCUUUGCAUGUCAGUUCACCAGUAAAUCCCACUGAGUUCAAUUGGACUUACUCCCAGGGUAGUGCAGGUUGCUUCCAAAGCAGAAGGAUGUUUCUGGGGAGUUGCAUAAAAGUUGACUGUAUAAGAUUGUUGUAAAUAUUAAACAAACUGACAAAACAUUUCUGGCUCAAUUUCAUUGCCAUAAAAUACAUGUACAGUAUUGUGAAAAUGUCAAAUGCAGGCAAACUUUUCUUUAGCACGUCACAGUUACAUAGAAGUAGUUUUGAACUUGGUGAUGCUUGUGCCUCACUAGUUUUGACUGUGCUUUAUUAGAAAUGUGUAGAAAUGUUCUGUAAUUCAGUUUAUCUUGAAUAGAUUUUUAGAGACUUUGGAAUGAUGUGGGGUUUUUUUAAUGGUAAGGUUGCUUCUACACAUAACAUUGUUAUACUACAUAGAUUAUUAUCUAAAAGCAGAGGUUAGACCACUACUGUAUGAAAUGCAGUUUGGGCUGGAUUCAGGCUCAAUCUUGCAUAGAAUAGGGGCAGAACAAUUUGAAUCCUCUUUAUGUAAGGCUGGGGGCGUUUAAUUGGGUGGAGGUGUACCUCUCUCAGCCGCUGUUGUCACCUGUGCAUCACUCUGCUGGAGUGGAGCUUCCCCACUUCUGUCUGCUGAAUGUGAUAUUUCAGGGGCAGGGCUGUGCCAGCCUUGGAUCUGUUGGAUCCAGAGCUGGCCCUGCAUCUGUGUGACAGUGUUGCGUGCAAUUUGGAUCUGAUUGCUGUACCAGGUCCAGGUCAGUGUUGUGGUCCACCUUCCACCUCAACUACCAUGCAUAGCAGGGCUGCAAUGUAGUUGUGAGCCUACUGCUCUGUAAAUCCAACCAGGGGUUGGAGGAGUUUACCUUGCUCCCUAAUGUUGUUGUGUCCAAAUGAAGUUUCAUUGAAUUUAAUGGGUUUAUGCUAAGCAUGAUUGAGCCUGGCUCCCAUUAUUAUUUUAAAACAAAAAAAUUCAGCUUGCAAACAAAACACAGUGUUUUCCAUAUUCCCAUUGUUUUGCUUAGUAAGAUUGUUUUGUAAAUCUGCUUCAUGGAUGUAAAAAGUCUUGUCUCCUCCCCCUAAAAAAAGAGGCCUCAUAGUGUUUCUGUCAGCUGUGUAGUGGGUAUUGUAAGCACAAAUGUUUGCAAAUUGUACUUGUAUUCUUGAGUAUUUUGCUUGAGGGAUAUGGUGUAGAGAUAGCAGAUUUUUAGAUAUAGAUUUUAAGUCUAAAUCUUGUUUGGAAGUGAGGGUAUUGACAACAGUAGGCCUGUCUUUAAAGUAAACAAAUUUAGUAUUCAGGUGUAUUACUUUUUAAGGAAGCUUACAUCUGGUUGCAACCCAAAGCCAUUCAAUCCUGAGUAAUCUCUGUAAUGUUUGGAGGAUUACACAUAGCUACUGAAUGAGGAAGACUAGGCAGGAAAAGAAGACAAUCUAUAACUAGCAGAUAUGUGACCUGCUACUUUGAUUAGUUUACAGUUAUCAGUCUGUUCCCAGAAGACUUUCCUCUUUCUUUCAAGCAUUGAAAGUACACUCCUGCCUACCACAUUCUUGAAUCAGUCUGAGAAAUCAGUCUCUCUCUGACCAUAAAAGUCUUUAUGAUCAGUUCACAAAUUGCAUUUAAAUAAAUUAGAAUAUCAAUAUCAUAAGAAUCCCAAUUAUACUUUGAUUGUUUUGCUUUGUAUUCCAGUCUAUAAUCCCUUGAGCACUUGAAAGAUUUUUGCAACUCUUCAACUUACGUAUUCUUAAUCAACACUUUUCAUCAUUAUACAUCAUUUGGGGUUUAAACUUUUAAUUGCCAUAUAUUGAAAUCUCUCACUUCCUUCAGAUUAUAUGUAUAUCACGCGAAACUGUUGCAUGUAGUAAUUUCCACCCAAAGAACCAUGAGCAAAAAUCAAUUAGCUACUAGCACUUCUCCACAAAUGCUUUUCCAAGCAUUCAUUUAGGGCUACAAUAGGUAGGUUUCUCUCAAGCUUGAGCAAGUAACAGAACAUCUUUGAGUUUAUAAUAAUGUGAGCAGAAGAAACUUUCUGCAUCCAACUCAAUGUUUUCUGGAUUCUUAACUAUAGUAGAAAAUUGGAAACUGCAUGUUUGUCGUCCAUUAACAUAAUUAUAUUAAUAUUUGAACAAAAUUAAGAAAGCAGAUAUCUAACAAGCAUUUCUUUUCAACAUAUUUCAUCCUAUUAAUCAAAACACAAGUAUAUCUAUAGUUAAAUCUUGAAAGAGGAGAGCAUGAUAGUUUGCAUACUUCAUAAUACAUAGGAUAUAAUUUGAACUCUAAGCCAUUUUUUAACUGUGGUUAUUUCCUUAGGGAGGUAUCUUGAAGCAUAAAACAGUUGAGAAUCUUGGUUUACAUUUUUAGUAACUGUUACGUUUAUACAAAGUUUAUUACGGCAAUGAUUGCUAGCUUUAGGGCCUCUUUUUCUGUACAUAAAUAUUAAGACCCCAGUUCCAUCUACAGUCAAGGUUGUUUUAUGGAACAGCAUGCAUCUUCUAGUUUAAGAAUUGCCAUGCAGGUGUUUGCCUCUCAUUCCCUUCUCCUUACAAUACACUCCUUGAUUUUGAUUCAAUUUCUGUAUUGGGUGAAAAAAGAGCACAACUACAUCCAUUUUCACAUUGCAAAACAAGGAUCAGUUUGUGUAUAUGAAAUUGUAACAUGAGAAGCAGCCCUUAAUGGCUGUAGCCACUGAAAAUAAUCAUAUUUACAAAAAUGGGAGUACUCUGGAGUAAGUGGUUUGAAGACUGCAGCCAAGUAGACACUUUAAUAUUCUAGGGCUGCCAUCACCAACUGCUCAAAAAGAAUGUGAGCAGAAAACCACCUUUGCCAACUUGUGUCUAUUGGUGUCCUCUGCAUGUUUGCAAUCUAUGUUACAAAGGGAUGUAUAUUAAUGGACUUUGCUUGUCUACAGGAUUGAAUGUAUGUGGACUUUCCCUUUUCUAUGAUUUACUUUAGCUUACGAAUUAUAUUUUUAUAGGCUAUUAUUUUUUUAUUUAAUUUGUUUUAUUUGCAAAAUAUUUAUGGUAAGUAUUAGCUUGUCUAAUUUGCAUUUAGGUAGGAUAGUUUUUACACAAUAUUUUUAGUACUAUAUAAAUGCAGGUACCAUAACACUUCAUUUUAAUAUGGAGACAGAACAGCUAUAUGCCAAGCAGAUGCUGGAAGAAUGGCUCUUAACAGAGACAUUGCUGUCUUUGCAGAUCUCAGCCUGUUAGGAGGCUUAUUGUACCAUGGGCACUACUGUCCCAGAUUAUUCCAAAGGGCAUUAAGAAUCACAGACAGUACUGUCCCAGCAGAUGCUGCGAGAUUUAUUUAGGAACUAAAACAGGCAUUGAUGGGAAAGUUUCUGCAAGACAGAUGAACUACUGUUUCCUCAGAUGUGCAUCUGCUCAGAGAACUGUUUAACUAUACUGGCUAUUCCUGCUCCGCUAUGAGCUGAAACUUGGGCAAAGUCAGGGCCAUUGACCUUGCUGAGAUUUGCUUUUGAGUAAAUAUGCAUAGGAUUGGGCUGGUGGUAAUAAAAUAAUAGCAAUUUAUUAUUAUUAUUAUUAUUAUUAUUAUUAUUAUUAUUAUUAUUAUUCCACCCAUCUGACUGAGCGGCUUCCAACAACUUAAAACACAGACAUCAAACAUUAAAAACUUCCCUAUACCUGUACAUGGCUGCCUUCAGAUUUCUUCUAAAAGUCAGAUAGCUGUUUAUUUCCUUGACAUCUGAUAGGAUGGCAUUCCAUAGGGAGAGUGUGACUACUAAGAAGGCAGCAGUCCUAUUCAGUGGUACCUUGGUUUAAGAACAGUUUAGUUUAUGAACAACUUGGAUUAAGAACGCUGCACACCCGGAAGUACGUGUUUCGGUUUGUGAAGUUUGCCUUGGAAGCAGAACAUGUUGCACUUCCUGUUGAGUGUAAAUUGAGUCCCCUGCUGCUAUGGGAAAGCACACUUUGCUUUAAGAACACUUUGGUUUAAGAACGGACUUCCAGAAUGGAUUAAGUUUGUGAACCAAGGUACCAUUGUAUACAUUUAGGAGUAAGGCCCAUUCAACCUUAUGGGACUUAUUCCCAUGUAUAGGAUUGAGCUACACUGCAGUCCAUCUUAUUUGAAAGUAUAUUCCAAUUGAAAUCAGUUGGAUUUAAAUCUGACCUAUGUAAAAUAUUUGGCUUUUGAAAAUGUAAGUUGUACCAUCUUGCUAUUUUUCACAUUUUUCCAGUUUUCUGGGAAAAAAUAACACUUGGAUUGUAAGAUACCCUGUUUCUCAUAUUUUAAGACAUACCCAUAAAAUAAGCCAUAGCAGGAUUUUUAAGCAUUCAAGGAAUAUAAGCCAUACCCCGAAAAUAAGACAUAGUGAUAGGGGCAGCAGCAAUGCUGGCCGCGGCAGGAGGAGGAGGAAAAAAAUAAGACAUCCCUUGAAAAUAAGCCAUAGUGUGUUUUUUUGAGGAAAAAAUAAAUAUAAGACGUGUCUUACAAUAUGAGAAACACGGUACUAAAACACAUGUUUCUUGGUUAAUGUGUAUACUAUGGUUAUCCUGUUCAGAAAAACUGGGAGGAAAAAACCGAACAGAUAAUUUGCUUAACAUGUGCCAACACACUGGUUUUGUUUCUUCCCAUCACAGCACAAAGGGUGGGAACAGUUCAAUAGCUGCUCAUUCAUGGUAAACCAUGGUUAAUAGCUUAUCUUUACAUGCAAGAGUGGUUAAUGACUGCAUAGAUAUGUACAUAGCUGCCAAGUCUCCCGUUGAAAAAUCCGGGAUCAGCAGCGGCGCGGCACCGGAAGUCGCUUUUAUGCAUGUCUGGACAUGCGUAGAAGCAACUUCCGGUGUCGGUGCUGCCCGAUUUCUGGUGCCCAGAUAAUGGGCAGAGCGGCACCCGAAAUCGGUUCUGUGCAUGUCCAGACAUGUGCAGAAGGAGCCUCCCUGGCAGGCAGGAAAUUGGGGGAUUUACGGGAUUUUUUGCUAUUCGGGAUAACAGCAGGAAACGGAUUGAAAUCCGGGGUUUCCCCACAAAAAACGGGAGACUUGGCAGCUAUGGAUAUGUGGCAUCAUACUGCAUAACCUAUGCUGCCUGAAUGAAGGCACUAACGUGUUGGAGAAAAGUGCAUGGUAGCAGUUAUUGCUAUAGAAUUUUUGUUUUCAAGUUCAGCUGUUCCGUACAUAGUCAUUUUUUAAUUUAAAAAACUCCUUAAUUUAGGUGAACUACCCAUACUUUUUUAUUUGUUCAAAAUUACAAGGUCUAUUAUAGCACACACUUCUUGGCUAUUUAUUUCAAGUUUUUUAAUGGUAGGUAAUGUUUUGGAAUGCACAUUGCUGUGGCUAGUAUAUAUUAUAUGUCAGUAGGUACUAGACAGAAGAUAAAAGUGAUUUGGUGCCAGUGUAAAGGACUCUCCGUCUUUCUCUUUAUACAAAACCUGGGGAAUGUCAGUUUUCUGAAAUCAUAGUAAAAUUAUAUGGAAAUACUGUAUGUUAGACACAUACAGAACAGAGGUGAACAUAGUUAAGGGACUGUAACAGAAGACUAGUAAGAAAGGUCAAGGUGUGGGUUAGCUAAUAAACUUUGGUUCAGAUAAAGUAUAUAGUAUAAUAAAGUAAUAAUUAUACUGUCCAUGGCUGUUCAUCCAAGCAUGGAGAUCCAUGCACUUCACAAUACCUUUGAGGAAAUCGUAGAUGAAUGUGAAUGACACAUCUGCUGAGGACUUGCAUACAUGUUAAAACAAUUAUUGUGUUCUGGUUCACCAGAAGCGGCUUAGUCAUGCUGGCCACAUGACCCGGAAUCUGUCUGCGGACAAACGCCAGCUCCCUCGACCUAUGAGCAUGCAACCCCAGAGUCAUCCGUGACUGGACCUAAGGGUCAGGGGUACCUUUACCUUUAAUCUUAAAUAUAAUAGACAGAAAAGCCUUCAACAGUGUUAUAAGUUUGUGGCUAGGCAAUACUAUCCUAAAAUAUCUGGAUGCAGUAAAGGGUUAGAAUUUAAGCCACCCCCAUAUUCCAAGGUCUAGUGGGGGCUGGAGUUGAAACCAGUUUUUCUGCGUCCAGGAAACAGCCUGGCAAGAGAACCAUCAAGAAAUAAUCACUGGAAUGGUUGAGUCUUUAAGAAGGCCAUUAACAGAGACUCUCUAGGUCAAAGAGAAAAUGGGAAAUCUUCAUGAGAUGAGAAAGUUAGCAAAAAAAAAGGCAAGAGUUUUAGGAGGGAGGGGCAAAAUUGCAGUGGGAGGUGAGGUAAGUGAACUGAAAAAGUGUCCCUUUUGCAAGCUGGAGGGACCGCAGAGCAUGAUGCGGGCAGUCUGUUUUAUGCUGCAGAGAAGAUCAGACUUGAUGUUUGAGGUCUCUUGGACUCCAAUGCUGCAGCAAUAGGAGGAACAAGACCCUCUUGGGGUGUGAAUUCUCUGCCCUCUCUAUAUCUAGGUCCAGGUUGUAUACAUGUGUAAAUACGGUAAAUCAUAUACCGUAUCAUAAAGACACCAAAGUCUCCACUGUGUCUCUUUGUUUCAAAAGGAAACACAGAGCCUGGUAAGCAUGCCUGGUACUUCUAGAAUCUCGCACUGCUCAGAGAUUGGGUUGCCUUGCAACAAUAUGAAGUGGGGGGGAUAUGGAAGAAAUCACAGGGGGGAAAUGGGUUUAUUUGGCAAGAUGUUGUUGGACAGAGAAAACAUUUUCCCCCAAGGAACAAUAAUUUGAAUUAGUGAAAUCCAUUUUUUCAAGAUGGCUAUAUUUUCAGAUCAGUAUUCUUAACUUGUAGUCCUGUAGAUUACCCCUAUUUGUUUUGCUGUAGUGCAGCCUGAGGUGGUUUCAUGAGGCCAACAGUCUUAUUCUUAGAUGCUUUUUAUUAUGUCAGCUGUGGAUCAUAACAAAUAGGCUUAAUCAGUAUUGGACUGUUUGUUAAGUGAGCUUCCCUAGGUUUAGAAGUAAGUCUUGACUGAGGAAAUAAUGUUUCAAUUUCUUGUCAUUAAAUCUAAGUUUGCUUAGUCUCUUUGGAUGUUGUCAGUAAUUGUGGUUCAUCCUCCUCUAGCCUGCUGGAUCAGGCCAAAUGCCCGUCUCAUUCAGCAGUCUUCUCUCACAUUGGCCAAACAGAUGCCCUUGGGCAGAUGCCCAGAAACAGAAACAGAGCUCAACAGCACUCUCACCUGCAACUCCCGACAACAGCUACUCAGAGGUAUAGUGCCUCAAAUAGUGGAGGUAGAACCUCAGGCUUCAUCAUAAACAUUAAUAUGCUUUGCUAUCAGUAUCACUGUGGUGUAGUUGUUAGAGUGUUGUACUAGGACCUGAGAGACCAGGUGACCUAGGGGAAACUGUAUCUCAGCCUACUAUUACAGGAUUGUUGUGAGGAUAAAUUGAAGAUACGGAGAACCAUGUAUGCCCUUUUGUGCGCUUUUUAGAAGAAAGCUGAGAUACAAAUAUAAAUAAACAAACUAUUGUUUGUUGUGAAUGAGUUUCAGAUUCAUACCUCACCCCUUUUUGUGUGGCAUUGGAGAUGAGUUUGGAAACUUAUGCUUCUGUUUUUCUUUAAAUAUAGCUUGUUGUGUCAUCUGGUUAAUAUUAACUUAUUUAAGAGAAAUUAUAGUUAACAUUAACCACACUUAGCCAGUUCACAAGAAACUGGGUAAGCAGAAACCUCCAAACUCCUCACAACUGCACCAAAGAGGGUAAGUAGAUUGUGAGCCUGAGGUUCAACUGGGCUUAUUUGUGUCAAACUAAAAAUAUAGUUUAGUGUGAUGCUUGAACACAGCCAAUAAAAUAAAAUGUUUUGAGCAUUUUCAGUAAAGUGAGAAUUGAGUGGUAGAGCAAUAUUGUGUUGUAAGGAGAGUCUGAUUGCUGAGUGGUUGUGGAUGUGGAUGUUGUGUAUUUCAAUUUGGGUAGUGUGAAUCUUUAUGUAAGCGAUUUUGUUGACCGUAUUAUAUUUUUAAAGUUCAUGAGAAUGUUUAGAUGCUAUAUACUUGUGGCGCUGUGGGUUAAACCACAGAGCCUAGGGCUUGCCGAUCAGAAGGUCAGAGGUUUGAAUCUCCGCGACGGGGUGAGCUCCCGUUACUCGGUCCCAGCUCCUGCCAACCUAGCAGUUUGAAAGCAUGUCAAAGUGCAAGUAGAUAAGUAGACAGCGGGAAGGUAAGCAGCGUUUACGUGUGCUGCUCUGGUUUGCCAGAAGCGGCUUUGUCAUGCUGGCCACAUGACCUGGAAGCUGUACGCUGGCUCCCUCGGCCAAUAACACGAGAUGAGCGCCGCAACCCCAGAGUUGGUCACGACUGGACUUAAUGGUCAGGGGUCCCUUUACCUUUUACUUGUGCUGCAUUUUUAUAUAGGUAUGUUCUGUCAUCAGAGCCAGCUCACCCAUGAGGCAGGGCGAAGUAUCUGCCUCAGGUGGCAGAAAGCAUAAGUGGCAGCAUCACCACUGGAAUGUGCCUCUUGGUGAAAGGAAGGCUUUCUGGCGUGCAGCAUUCUCACUUAUCUUCCCCAGCCCUGGGGCAGAGCAGACAAGCAGCAAGACCUUGACCUUGCAGAACACCCUCCUCUGUUCUGUUUUGUUGCGGAUGAAGGGUGUUCUAGCAGUGGGGCAAACAGGCUUACACACCGCAGUUAAUUACACAUACUCAUCUAGCUAGCUUGUAGAUGGCAUCCUGCUUCCAUAUGCAGAGUGUCUUUAAUUAAGCUGGGGAAAAUACAUUGUUUCUGUAUUAUGGUGACAAUAGCAUAUUAUAAAUGUUAUAGUGGGUCAAAGUUCUUCAUCCACAGUUCCUUUUCUCCUGUAUCUCUAUUUAAACACCAGCCCAUAAUUACGCAGCAUUAUUUGAGAUUGUUUUCUGCUUUAGUACUCUGGUUGUAUGCAUGCCUGUAUGAAAGCCAGCCAUGGCAUCUAGAAUCAUUUGGACAUGUGCCAAUCCACAAUUUUAGCCUGUGCUUUGUUUUUGAAAGACUGAUUUAUUUAUUUUUUAAACUGCUAUCUUAGAUAUAGCUAUCUAGCAGCAAUAGGGCUGAAACAGUUGUUUAAAAAUCCAGCAAAACUGACAAGAGUUGUGGCCCAGGACAUGCCUCUUUCUCAUCAUGAAAUGCCUUUCUAAUAUACUGACUGGCCUUUUGAUGUUCCUUUCUAUGAUAAUGAGGGAAUUACAAAUUUACUUUUUUAAAAAAUGUAGUUGCUAAUAAUUUCAGAAAGCAGCUAGAUCACAGUUGUCUAUUUUUCUGUCAGGCAAGUGAUACUGAUUCUCAUUUAUAGAGAUAAAUGGGUUAGGAUUGUCUAAUGUUGCUUCUGAAUAACUGGGACCUCACUGAUGUAUGUUGCAAUCAUUUUACUGGUGAAUAAUAGUGUUAAUGUGCCAGUUACUAUGGUAAAAUGUAAAGGACCCCUGAAUGGUUAAGUCCAGUCAAAGGCAACUAUGACACAUAAUAUAACAUCUUUCAGUGAGAGUUUUUUAACUGUGUCAAUAGAAACCUCUUUAACUUAGACUUUUUUGGGUAAAGCCAGACUGUCAAAUGAGUAUCAUGUACACCUUUAUUUGUGCUGGUAUGUACAGUGGUCUAGCUGUGGCGGUUGGGACCAUUUUGGUGUUAUAAAAAGCCGCCCAUCCCAACUUCAGUGGGCCAACAGCAGAAAAUAAGAGGCUGGCUAUAAUAAAUUAUAUAUGAAGUCCUGAUACAGUACUGUUUGCUGUGCACCAAUUGCUGAAACCUUUUCUCACUAGUGUUGUAUGGCCAAUGCUUCAAGGAAGGGUUUUUGGUAACAUUCUUCACAUAAAUGGGAACUAGUAGGUCAAGUGCCAUAGCUCUUGUGAUAGAGCACAUACUUGGAAGGCAUAAAAUCUUCAUGAAAUCCCUGGUACUUCCAGUUAGAAUGAUCAUGGCUAGCAGGUGGUGGGCACUGCUGUCUGGGACUAUCUUCUUUGGCGACCACUCAUAUCCGAGUAAGAUUGCCUUCCAUUAACACGGUUUUAACAAUGGGUCCGUAAGUGACUGCGGAGACCAAUUCUGAAUCCACACGUCCUUCCACAGUGGGGACAUUGGUUUCCGGGCGGGAGUUGAUCACGGUGUGGAUUUGCCAAUCGUGCCUUCCUCUUAGCACAUUUCUCCCUUGUAUGAACCUAGAUGAUCCUUAAAUUCCAGGGCUUUCUAACCCCCUCUCCUCUUCCAGUGUGACUGCAAUGAAGUGAUUGGAAGCUUUCAUUUAGCAGUUUAGCAUUACAUCUGACUCCUAACUUGUGGUUAAUUUUGACUGUGGUUUGUUUGAAACAAGGCAACUUCAUAAACCACAGUUUGAAGUUAGCUUAAUUUAAACAAACCAUCAUUUAGAUUUUAACCACAGCAUUUUGAACAGCAUUCUUUCCCAGCCCUGUAUAGAGAUGUUAGAAAUAGAACCUUGAAUCUUCUAUAUGCAAAGCAUGUGGCAAUUUUCUAUUUCAUACAUUGGAUCUUAUCCUUCCUACAAGAAACUGAGUGGAAUUCCAGUGUCCUAGCAACUUUAUGAAAUAGGUUUGGCUGAGGAAAAAGUAACUUGAUCUAGGAGCACUUACCCCUGGGUUUUUUUAGAGGCUGACAGCGAGAAAGCUCAUUUUGUGAAAUAUUGCUGUGAAGUGUUCAAGGAAAAAGCUAAGGGGAUCAAUGGGAAGCAAAGUAUUUAUUUCACAUAGUUGAUACUAUAGUUGAAAACAUAUUGAUGGAAAACAUCAUUACUAACAGACCAUUAAAAUGAAACAUUGACUAACGUGAGAAAGAAUCUGAAAUGUAAGACUUCUGAUGAAAAUUACCACCUGCCAAAUCUCUGCUCAGCAAAAGUUCUGAAUAGGAAUUUUUACACAUCUGAAUUACGAUUACAUCAUAAACAGCUCCAACUUUGCUCUGAGUUGCCUCAGAAUCUUUGAGUACAUGUAUAGCCCAGCCAUUAUGUAAAACUGUUGAGCAUGAACUGGUCGUGAUGGCAGUUCAAAGUGUCACUUGGGACAUUGUAUUGUACCUACGAUUUGGAUCAAAGGACAUCUUCAAUAGUCAGGUCAGAAGGAAAAAUAGGAUGUUUCCCUUUUAAGCUUUUUGGACUUUCUGAGAUUCUGCUGUGCAGCCUGUUGAAUCCUCUUUUAAUAAGUAUACUUAGUUUCUUUUCUUCUUUCUCCUCACCCUAAAGGAAAUACAUUCCUCUUUGAUUAUAUGAUGGUAGAAAUAUUUGGAAUGAUGUCAGUGGCAAAGAAUAUCACCUUCUGUUGACUGCUCACCUUUUUGUUGUUUUUGGCAUUUGUCUGUCUGAAGAGACUAUGGAAGAGUGUGCCAUCAGGAGUAAAGGCAAACCAUUGGAGAGUUACAUCGCCUGCUGUGGGUGUAGAGACCAAUACACAAGAGAGAUGUUUUAUUGCAGUUGGGGCAGAUGAAGGCUUCUGGUUUCGCUAAUGCAGAUGCACCUUGGCAUUUCUUCUCUCUGCACUCCUCCUAGCUCCUGUGGUCAUUGCUGUGGCUACAUAACUUGACUGUUGCAAAAGUGCCAAUAUUUGACUGUAGGCACUGACCUGCUAGAGGUGUUAAGAAGCAUGUGGUAUGCAUUAUCAAAUUGUGAUAUUUUUUUCCCCUCCCACUUUCUACUUUAAAAAGAUAAAAGCAAUACAUUAUCUGGGUAUAAGGCAAGUACACACAGGAACAAGUGCCACCAAUGUUACACUAGCAAACUCACAACCUAAAACUCAUCAGAGGUCUAAACUAUCCUGGCCUUUAGUGACAUCUUUGCUAUGGAGAUCACCUUGGGUAGAAAGAUGAAGGGAAAAUGCUUUAUAUAAAUGUGGGACAUGUCUGUGCUGGCAAUUUUUGCAGUGCUAAAACUAGUUGCUCAUUAGUUGUUGCUUUUUAAAAUUGAUGAAUAUUUCAUGCCUGAACUGGUUUAUUUAUUGCAUUUAUAUAUUACUUAUCUGCCAGUGCACUGAAGGCGGCUUCAGUACAGCUAUACUGCCUAACAGAAGCAGUGCAAAAAGAAAUGGGUGGGGAUGGAAGAGGAAAAAUAGAAUCGAUACCUAAAUGGGGUUAUGUAAUGUUGCAUAGUUGCUGUUAUGAAUCAUGACCAAGUGGAAUGACCCCAUGAGACAUUUGUGGGAAAGGAGGAGCCAGAUAGCAGCCAGUCUUAACUGAAUUAUGUUUCACAUUUGUCUCUUAUACUUGCAGUAGUAUCAACAGUGACCUCUUAAUGCUGAAGAGAGUUACGUUUUCUAAUUAGUGCCCAUGCCUUACUUGACACUUCAGUUGGUCUUCUAGUAUCAGGCAUGCAUGAAUACAGAAAGUCUAGCAGCUUUGAAUGAAGACAUAAUAUUGCAACAAAAACAAGUUAAGAACAAAGGUCCACUGUAUAGGUAAAGGGCAUACCAGCAGGGUGACCAGUUAUGCAUCAGCAAAAAGGAUAGACACAACCAUGCUGAGGACACAGAGUUGCAUAUGCUCGUUUGUGUGCAAAUGUUAGAAAUAAUUAUUAAAAUUAAAAUUUUGCCUAAGAAACCCAAUUAUUUUCCCAUCCAAAUUGUCCCCAGCAUAUUAUUCAAUUUAUAUGCUCCCCAGAUCACCAGCAUUGGUUUAUCCAUAAUUUACCACCCAGAUGAUCCAGGUUCUGCUCCAAAAUAACAUUUCCUUCAAUUACUGUCUAUUAAUCAUUUUAUCAGUACCCCCCUCCCCAAAUUUAAUCAAACAAAAUAGAUAGGGUGCACCGGUAGUAGAGCAUGAUUCCCUUUACUCGGUGGCAUAUUCUUUCUAUGGAUCAGGUGACUGGCAGUGUUUUUUCUUUCUUUUAACUUAAACCAAAAACAAGCUGCAUGUGUGAACUCAAACUCCAAAUAUGGAGGGAGGUAACCAACAUCAUUUCCUCUUCCUUGUAGAGAUAUCAUAUGGGAGGAAAUGUAUAUUCCUUUUUCCAUAGUGUUCAUAGGAACAGCAUUGCUUCUCUUUUCACAGGGGCAUUAGUUUCUGUUGUAGCUCAAGAGCCAGCCAGCCAAGAAUUGUACCUGUUGUGUUUGACUUUAAUAGUAGAAGGAAAGAUGGACUACUUCAUAUUUCAUCCUGUAUGUUUGGUACCAAAUGGACAAAGGACUCUUUCCAGACAGCCCUUGAAAUAUUGGGUGGUCUAAAAGAAAAGAGGAUACCUGGCCAUCUUAAAUCGAAUUUUGUCCUCCACAAGUGUUUUUUUUUUUUCAGAGAAAGAUGAGGGAUUUAGAUUUUUGCAGGAAACAACUCGUUUCUUGAAUAGAGUGUUAAAUUACAAUCAAGCUUUGUAUAAAAUCAUUUUUAUGAAAUGAUUAAAUGAAAAUACAGUCGUACCUUGGUUUUCGAAUGGAAUCCAUUCUGGACGUCCGUUCGAUAUUCAAACACCAAGGCGCAGCUUCUGGUUGGCUGCAGGAGCUCCUGCAGCCAACCGGAAGCUGAGGAAGCUGCGUCAGACGUUCGGCUUCCAAAAACGGUUUGCAAACCAGAACACUUACUUCUGGGUUUGUGGCGUUUGGGAGCCAAAAUGUUCAAGUCACAAGGCGUUCGAGAACCAAGGUACGACUAAAUAAAUCCAAACAUUACUGAAUAUUACUUCAGCAUAGUGUGUGUAGCUGCUUCCUGUCACACAAAAUAAUAAAUCUUGUCAGGAACAGCAUGACUAAUCUAGGUAUCUUUGGAUUUAAUAUUUAACUACUAUAGUUGUUCUUGCCAUCCCUUUAUAAGUAUGUAUCAAUGCUAAAACUUUUCACUAUGGACAAGGAGUCUAUAUUUUCAAGAAAUGGAAAGAGAGGCAGCAGUAAAACUAUGCUAAAGCUUCUUAACUUAAAAUGUAACUGUAUUUCUUUAUCCCCAUGUUUUAGUCGCUGUGUAUUCUGUGGUAACAUCUUGCCUCAUUUAGGAACAAAUUACAGUUAGGUACCAACACUUAUAUAAUUAAUACACAAAUAUUCCAGAUUCCUAUGUCACUUGACAACCUCUCAUGGUGAUAAUAAAUAUAAAUGACACAUCCUAAAAAUAGCUGAGCCGCUUCUUCUUGGUGGGGCAUGUGACUAAUGACACUUUUCCUUUUGCUGACUGUUGACUCACACUUUUUAGCUGGGUAAAUGAAAGUACAUAUUACUCAGCACACACACACACACACACACACUUUUAAUGCCUAUGACUAAACUUUGGGCUUGUCCACAUCAAACUUUACUGUUUGUUUGCAGCUGUUUGCAUUCCCAUUUAAUUUGCAUAGUCCACAUAUCAUUACCCUCAAACAACACCUGUCUUGAUAUAGUACCUCUGUAAAUUCAGGUUUACCUGAUAUGGGGAUAAUCCAAUAAUUCCAAUCCACCUGGGGCCCCAAAUGCUUUUGGAGAAUACGUUAUCAUAGAAUCACAGAAUUUCAUGAUUUGGAAAGGACAACAAGGGUCUAGUCACGUGGUUCCCAACAUGGGGCACAUACCCCACAGGGGGGCAAUUCGAGCUUGUUUAGACCAAGUUAAUGGCCUUUUAGGCUUCCUCCACGUGAAUAGGAGUUCACUUUUGAAUAAUAAGAAUUAUAUAUCAUUGGGGGUGAGCAUCAGGAUUUUAGAGAUGGUUAGGUGGGGCAUGGCCAAAAAAAGGUUGGGAACCACUAGUCUUGUCCAACCCAGAUGGACAGUUAUUUUUACCAAGUAUGAUAAUUAUGGAGUUCAUCCCCACCCUGAAUUAUGACGACUUCUCUAUUCCAGUGCACUAGCUAAGAGUUGACACUGCAUCCCAACUUGCUUCAUCCUUCAUCCUCAACAUGCUUUGCUUAUAAUGUAUUGUGUUUAUAAUGCCGUACUUGAAACUAUGGUGAUAACGGGUCACUGUUUUUUGCUCUUGCUCAUAAAAGAAGCAAUCAUUCGUCUAAUGAGCUUUAUGUUUGAUGUUUAUAAAUGAUAUUGCAAAGUAAAGUGCUUGAUUUGAGAAAAACUUGCUGUCUGCCUUGAUUUGAUGGUUCUCUCCUGUAUCUUGAAAGCUAUAUUUGGAGAUCAGCCUUUUGUCCUGAAAUAGCCUAUGGCCAAAGCAAAAGCAUAAUGCAAUUGUAUUCUGGUUCUUUAUGACUGAGUAUCUUAAAAGACAUUGCCAGUUUUGUACACUAGCCAGUGGAUAUAAAAACCUGGUAAAAUCAUUUUGUACAGUACAACACAAGGAUGUAACAAAUCCAAUUAAUGAUGACUUUAAGCUAUGAUACUGGGAAAACCGCAGGUUGUGCUGCAGAGUUAUGAAGGAUGUAAAAUGCAUUAUUAAAUAUCACAGCAAUAGGGAUAAGAUAUCCAAAGAGAAGCACUACUGGACGUAAAACUAUCUCCUUUCAGUAUAUGUUCAUUUACUGAAGCAGUGAAGUUUAUCUUCUGAUUUUAAAAACAGCUUAAACCGAACUGUAUUUGAGUUUUAAUAGUAGGCAUUCCUUGCUUUGAUAUUCUGGUUCGUAUGGAGCCCUGACAUCAGUUUCCUCAUUCAAAUGUCAUGGGAAAUUCUGUUGUUUGAUUUUGAUUUUUGGUUUUGUUUUGUUUGCUGUCGGAGGAAGAAGAAAAAGGUGAGGCAAGAAAGGAGUGCAGAGACACACCAGUUCCUACCGUUUUAGGGACUUGAUUCCGGAUUUGUGUAGGCUUAGCUUUUUUUCUCCCAAAGAUAUCCCAUAAGGCAGCAGAGUUUGCUGAAGGGGCAACAGGGUUUAGUGAGCAGGGAGAGCCAGUGACAAGGAGCAGUUCUAAUAAACUUGAAUUCUGGAAGGAGAAGCAGGAGUUUUCUUUAAAUAAAUAAUAAUGCACAAUCAAUAUAGUAGACUUUCUCCAAUUCACAUCUUUUAUAUGGACUUGGUAUCUUGGAUCACUCUUUCUCAAGCUUACAAGUUAGACACAUGAACAUACUUGUUUCUUUCUUUCAAAAUACAGAUGAGGUGCCGGGGGAGAUGAUUAAGAUGCUACUUGGAAGGCAAACAUAUUUCACACAAAUUAUUGCAAUCUAAAGCAGUAUUUCUCAAACACCUAAUAAUUAGUUUAUCAUUCUCUCUUUUUUCUGGGUUAAAAUUGAAGGCACACUUAAUUCUUGCAUUCAAGAAUUGUAUGUAUUUUCUAAACUCAUUUCCUAAAACAAUGUGUAGGCAUCCUCCUUGCUAGUUCAGGGUACUCUGUAAUAUUGAUCCUUUUGCAGAACAAGGCAUCAGACUUCCUAUACCCCAACCCAUAUAAAUAAGAGACCAUUGACACUGGGUUUUGGGUAAAAACAGGCUACAACUUUAUUGAAUACAUAUGAAAAAGGUUUGGCUUGGGCAUGGGGCAAUCUAAAUACUUGUGGCCUGCCCGCUGGAAGGACGUGUGGUCAAUCCAGGUGGGGUUUCUAAGACUUACAUCAAAUAGGAUGAUCCCAUCAAAUAGGGUGGACAUGACCACUCCCCCCAAUCCCUCUAACAGGAUACCCCAGCGUUUGGGGGGGCAGGCGGAGACUACAACCUCCCCUCCGUCCAAAACAAGGGAUUGCCCCAAUGCUCAACUACUCAGUUUGAACCAAGGUAUCAGCUGAUAUUUCUAGGACUCUCCCAUGUCUGUUGGCUAUAGUGUCACCUGCCUCAACAAAUUCUUGCAUUCCCCUCCUUCCCAUGUUAUUCCUUUGUUGCCCUUAAUACUGACAAUAGGAAAAUGUUCCACAAUACCUUUUGGUUCCAAAGGGUAUAGAAUUAUAUCUAAUAUAUUGGCUUAACUUUCAAAGCACACUUCAGCCUCUUUUGUGGCAAUGACUUGACCAACCACUGCUAAUCUAACCAUAGUUUACAGCACCAUGUAAAUAGAAAAUUUAGAUUUUGCUUCCUGUCCUUGUUCAUUCAAACUUGCACUUUGUGUUUUGAAUAAUCUCCACUUUCAUUUUUUUCAUUUUAGUUUUAACUUCAUUUGGAUUUACAGUUAUUGUACUGACUAUUUCUAAAGGAGUGAUAUUGUAUUGACAUAUUCUUUUGUUUACACUGUUGUGAAAACAAAGGUGAGCCAGAACAAAUAAACUUCAGUAACUAGAAUGUUCAGGACUCAUUCUUUUGACUGCUUACUUGGUUGUGUAUUGUUCCUGGUGAUCUUGACCCAACUGCUUUCAGUGUUUGGAGCAUACAAAUUACUUGGUUUCUAAUGGCUACAGAUUAUUUGGUGCUGCUUCUAGAGAUCAAAAGGAGAGUGUCAGGCUUGGCUUGUAUAAUGGAUAGGAGAGAGAAAGCAAAGAUCAAAAAGAACUUUGCAGCUGUAUCUAAGGACAAGCAUGUUGCAAGGGAAAUAUGAGGUUUCCAGCCCUGGGUUCUCCCUCCUUGUAGUGAAUGUGGGGGUUCAAGCAUUUUUCUGGAGAGAAAAGUGUGUGUGGGGGGGUGUUUAAUCCACAUUCUCCAUUCCCUAUUUCUCUCCAGUCCUGCCUCCACCCCGUUACCAGACUCUAAUACCAGAAGGAUGUAUUGCAGGGAAGAACCUGUGUUCCCUGAAAUACAAACACCUCUCCCACCUACCCAUCAGUUCUGACCUCAGGUGCCUGUCCCUCUGUAGCUCCUAUUACAUAGGAUACUUCUGUCAUAAUGACAUACAAGACAAAUACCUGCUGCUAACAGGCAUUUGGCAGAAAGUAACAUUAAUCAUUUACUUGAACUUUUUUGUGUUGAACAUAGCUGUACCAGAUAGCCAGAGGGUGCAAGUGGGGGAUUGUAUGGUUUAAUUUUUGCCCAAAUUUUAAAGAAGAAUCACAUUUUUGCAGGUUGAAGUACCAGGACUAGUUCCUUAGAAUACCACUUUUCUGAGGGCAAAAACUGCACCAAACAAUAAUGUUGCUAAGAUUACAUUACUUUUAGGAGAAUGGGUAAGUGUUACAAGACAGGCUGAAUAACGGUGUUUCUCUAAAAAUAAGACACCAUCUUAUAUUUAUUUUUCCUCAAAAAAACAAAAAACGAAAAAACCCAACUAUGGCUUAUUUUCAGGGUGUGUCUUAUUUUUUUCCUCCUCUUCCUGCCGCGGCCGGCAUUGCUGCUGCGCCUAUCACUAUGUCUUAUUUUCGGGGUAUGGCUUAUAUUCCUUGACUGCUUUAAAAUCCUGCUAUGGCUUAUUUUAUGACUACGUCUUAAAAUAGGGGAAACAGGGAACUCACUUCACAACAUUAUUGUUGUACUUGUUCAUGCAGCCUGUUUUGGAGUACACCCUAUUCCCUUUUGUCUUGUUUCACAGUUGGACAUUUAAGAGCAGGAAUAAGACAUAGGGACAGAAAUGUAUUUUCCUCAUUCUUAAGGACAUUCUGUUCCCCUUUGUAAAUGGGCAUAUUUUAAAAGCUGAAGUCUUACCUGUCCCAUCAAACUUAUCUGCCCUAUCUGUAUCUGAUAUUACUCAUGAAUUAAGUGACUUGCAGCACACAGAGAUGCCUUGAACCAGUGGAUUAGACUUUCACGUACCAUGGAGCAACUCUGCGUCUUCUCCUCCCUGCCCCAGGGGCAGGGCUUAGACUGGAAAAUUGAAAUAGUAAAGAGAAUCAAUAGGAGUGUACAGAGUGUAACUGUCUGGCAUUUCUGAAUAGCCACAACCUAUUCCCAUAUUUAUGAAAUUAUAGUAGUUUGGCACAACUAUGAAGUCAAAUGCAGCCUACCAACUAUCUAACUGCCCCCUAGCGCUCAAAUGGUCUAUGUUUUAGAUCUGUGGAUACCUGUGAUUGGAUAAUAAAUUUUGUGGUUGUAAGGUUACUGGUGGGCUGCAUUCCACAUAAUAAAUCAAAAGCUUGUAGAACUCUGAUAAAAAGGAAGGACCUUAUCGUGUUGAGGUUGUGACUGCUGGACAAGCUUGAUGCCCGGCAACUUGCAUUUUAGAAUUGCUAGGUACUGAAAGCAACUAUUAAGAGCUCAAAUCUAAUGUCCAGCCAUCUCCCAGGAAGGCUGUACUGGACAUUAGAAAUGGUCGCCACCGGUACUGUCCAACAUACAUGCAGAGGUAACUGACAAUUUUUGCAAAUUUUACAUCUUUUUCAACUUUAAUUGCAGAGAAUGUAUUGAUGGUACCUGGAGGAAAAGCUUGUGAGACUCUUUCCGGAAAACUGAAGCCUUAAUUGAAAGUUAAAUUGGAAUCCCCAGUUUCUACAUGCUUUGUUAAAGGAACAAGAUUGACUGGAAUUACGGGAGGCAGACUUUAAAAGAAGCAGGAGAUAAUAUUAGAAAUCAGACAAAUAUUUGUUAAUUUUGCUGCACGUGUUAAGCCUGAUGGAUACCGUAGAGACAGCAAAGCUUGAAGAGCACAUGGAAGUCCAGAACAAUGAAACUGCAAAUGGUUAUGCUCGACCCACACUCACUGUCAGUGAGGAGAACAAGAACAGCAGCAGCAAACCAAAGGGUUUAUCCAAUGGCUUGCGGAAAGGCACCAAGAAGUAUCCAGACUAUAUACAGAUUUCUAUGCCCGCUGAAUCUAGAAACAAACUUCCUUUAGAAUGGUGGAAAACAGGCAUUGCCUUUGUGUAUGCUAUCUUCAACUUAAUUCUAACGGCUGUCAUUAUCACAGCGGUACAUGAGAGGGUGCCUCCCAAGGAGCUCAGUCCUCCAUUGCCAGAUAAGUUUUUUGAUUAUAUUGAUCGUGUAGAUUGGGCUUUUUCUGUAUCAGAAAUAAAUGGAAUUAUACUGUUUGGAUUAUGGACAAUCCAGUGGCUGUUUCUCAGAUACAAAUCAAUAGUGGGACGAAGGUUCUUCUUUAUAAUAGGAACUUUAUACCUUUACCGCUGCAUUACCAUGUAUGUCACCACUCUCCCUGUGCCUGGAAUGCAUUUUCAGUGUGCUCCAAAGCUAAAUGGAAAUUCUCAAGCCAAGGUUCAGCGGAUCCUGCAACUAAUUUCCGGCGGUGGACUGUCUAUAACAGGCUCACACAUCUUAUGCGGAGAUUUCCUGUUCAGUGGUCACACUGUAGUGCUAACACUCACUUACCUAUUUAUCAAGGAAUAUUCACCUCGUCACUUUUGGUGGUAUCACUUGAUCUGCUGGUGUAUGAGUGCUGCUGGAAUAAUCUGCAUCCUAGUAGGACAUGAACAUUAUACUAUAGAUGUUGUCAUUGCUUAUUAUAUCACCACAAGGCUCUUCUGGUGGUAUCAUUCUAUGGCUAAUGAAAAGAACUUGAAAAUCUCGUCACAGACAAACUUUCUCUCUCGAGCAUGGUGGUUUCCAAUAUUCAAUUUCUUUGAAAAGAAUAUACAGGGCUCCGUGCCUUGCUGUUUCUCAUGGCCAAUAUCUUGGCCCCCUAGCUGUUUCAAGUCUUCAUGCAAGAAGUAUUCCCGAGUUCAGAAAACGGGAGAGGACAAUGAAAAAUCCACCUGAAGGAAACGAAGACAAGAGAAUGUAUUGUUCUUUACCAAAACAUUUAUGCUAUAACCAAAGCUCUUAAGAUGACUAGAUUGUUAACUGCAGAAGUGGACCAAACUUUGUGCAACUGAUCUGAGAAAAGACAAUUGUAGACACAAAUGAAAUAAUUAUUGCCCCUUGGUAUAUUUUUCUAGUCAUAUUGUACGGUUUCAUCCCACUCUUCAGUGCUAGUAGACACUGGCACUCAGUGGCACUCUGGUGCCAACAGAACACUUCCUGAGGAGGAGGAGAGCUAGGACAUUGGUUUCUUAAUGAGAUUCAGAGGUGCCAAAGAACACAUCACACCAUCUGUUGUUAAAUAUCACUCAUCCCACAGAAGCACUGAAACAAAAUAUCUGCUUUAGAUUCGUGGAGUUUGAAGAGCAAAACCAUAGUAAAAGAUAAAAGGCACAAUACUGGUCUUUCUAGCUAUAUGCAGAGAGUAACAGAAGUUGGCAACCAGUGGUCUUACUAUUCUCACUAGUGAAGGCAAGACUUGUUAUACAUAACUGGUGAAACCAGAAGUGAACCUUGAUCUUUUGAUACUCUCUUAUGGGAAUGAAUAUAUUAUAACCCUGUAAUGCCACCACUGUUUCCAUAUACUCUAGCUACCCUCUAUUGUUUUUUUUACAUUUUUUAAAAAAAAUAAGUGACAAUUUUAUAUAUAUAUAUAUAUCCAUAGAUGACCAUAAAACCUAUUUUACCUGAUGAUACUGUAAGUUAGAAAUAAUGUCUACUAACAUCGUCAGCAUUCAACAACAGGAAAAAAUAAUUUAUUACUAAAAUACAAAUAUGUAAGGCAAGGGAAUUAUUUAAAUUUCUGCUGGUCAGCUUGCAUGAAUGUGUGGUGCAUGUGCAUAACAUAUUUUGAGUAUAUGCACUUUGCAGCGAAUGCUCAAAAAAUGGAGGAUCUAUAAUUGAAAGAGAAUGUUGAUACUCCUUCAGGCAAUGACUGAAAAUACCACUGAGUUUGGACAACCCCAUUGUUGGCACUCAGAGGUAUAAAUUUAUAAUUUUAAAAAGUCAUAAGAUUCCUGCAGGAUUGUUAACAUUGUUUUUGUGAUUGUACAUGACUGCAUCUGUAUAGCAAAUAAUACAUAAACUUGAGUGAACCAUUUAAAUGCUGUGGGAGGCAAAACUUCCACUGAUCCUCCAGUCACUCACUGGCUUUGAUCUUCUGUAAGGAGGCUCCAAAAGGAUUUUUUGAAGGCUUAAAAAGAAAUGGUGUGAUUUUUGCAAAAACUAUGAAGCAUUGGGCCUGAGAGCUGGAUAUGAUACAUCUACAGAUGAACAUCACAUUGUUUUUUCCUUGGUGUGAAUUUUAGUUGUUGUGCCAAGGGUAUUCACUGCUAUAGGUGUGUUUGUUUCACUAUUACCUAACACUAUAUUUAUUUAUUAAAUGGUCAUGUGGCCAGUCUGCUACUUUAUUGUUUACAGAUUUUUUUUGGUUGAACAAAGUGUUUCUGUGUAAUAUAAAACUGUAUAUGUGAAAACACCCAAACAUUUAUUAAGUUAAUGUUUAAGAAAGCUAACAUGGCCCACUUUUUUGUUCUGUUUUGUAUAGGAAUCAAACAGUGUCAUUACCAUUAUAAUAUCUAGUAGUUAAAUGUAUUUUUCAUUGUUGCCAAUUGCUUUUCUAUUAAAAAAAAUAUCAGUAAAAGGAACAACUAGAGAAAUAACUAUUGAAUUUGCUUAAGUCUAAUCAGUUACUAUAACUUUUUUUUAAAAAAUAAUGCUUUAAAGAGUGACAUUAAAAAAAGUAAUGAGAGAAUUUGACUGGAAAAUUUAUUCUAAUUUAAAAUUCAUUGUGUAGGUCUGGGUGUUUCUUCCAUUCACAGGCUAGGCCGCUAAGCUAAUUCUGGUUUUCAGACUAUCACUUUGGCAACAGCAAAUCUUAGUACAAUAAAUAAUGCAUCGUGGUAACAGAAGAUAGCGAAAUAUGAUAAUUCAGCCAGAUACCUUACUUUUACCGGUAAUUUUUCCUUCCUAGAAAUAUUUAACUUACCUGUAUAUUCCGGCGUAUAAGACGACCCCCAACUUUCCCAGUUAAAAUAUAAUGUUUGGGAUAUACUCGCCGUAUAAAAAAUACGACCCGGCGUAUAAGACGAACACUGACUUUUGAGAAGAUUUUCCUGGGUUAAAAAGUAGUCUUAUACACAGGAAUAUACAGUACUUGCUCUCAGGCCAGUUACAGGUACAUACAUAACUUUUUUUGUGUUAAUAACUAACAAUGUUAAUAACUAACCAGUAAAUGAUUAGAUGCAGUGGCUAAUAAAAUGACAAAAUCAGAUUUAAAACUUAAGGCUGAAACAAACUUAACUUAUUUUCAUUUUCAUUGGAGACGGCAGUCAUGGUCCUGAUAAAUACAAAGGAAAGUAUGAGGGACUCCUUCUGAUACAUCAGUCACCCUAAGUCCUAUUUCAGGGCACCUUUAAACAUGGCAAAAUGUAUAAAGGAGAGAGCAUUUCUGUAUGAAUAUAGCAUUCAAGCUAUGUAGAUCAACAAAAUGUGUGCAUAUGUUUGCACAUUAACAAUCUACACCUAUCCUGCAUGCAACUUUGCUACAAAAAAGGGGUUCUCAUGAUGCAUUUUAUCACAUUUGAAGCACCCCUCAAGUUGGACUGAAACUUAGAUGUUUCAAAAGCAAGUGGCAAAGUUGGUGGGAAACUUCUGUGUGGACAAAAGUCCUCGUGGCCUUUCAAUAUGCUGCAUGUCUAUUAGGGGUUCAGUCAGAAAUUGAAAGCUACACUAGCAAAAAUAGUCUCUUUAACAUCAAAUUGCUAACCUUUUAAAUUUCUAAGGUAGACCACCUAGGUUUGGGGGCACCAUCUGUGACUGAAACAUGUAGUACAUUUUAUCUUGCUGGUUCCUAGAUGACAAGUGUAGAUCAGAGAAAGUUGGGCUGUUUAUCUCCCAUUCAAAAUUGGUGAAACUUGAGCUGCAAUUUUGUGCUUUUUUUAAAAAAAAUAUUAUUCAGAGGGACUUUGGCAUGCUUCUCUAAAUUGCUUUCAACACUAAAGCACAAGCAUCUGGUAUUCAAAUAGUAUAUUUUAAUUAACUGACCAGUACAUUUAUAAAGAGAUAGAAUUGAACUUAAUCAGCUAUACGGCUAUUUCCAUAAUUCACAGUGAAAUUUGAGCUGCUUGGUUUCUGAUUAUUCUUGUUUUGGAUGAGAAAUAUUAAAGUGGAGAAUAAAUGAAUCCAUCUCCUUAGAUAGCAAGUGUAAUUUGAUAAGCUUGUAGAUAGCUGUUAGCAAAGGAAUGCCUAGUAAACGACAGUAGUACACUACUUGAGAACAGCUUCAGGAUUAAUCACCUGACAAAUAGGGGGAAAUAGGGAGAAUAUUAAAAAUGAUGCAAUUUUUGUUGACCAUGUUUAUUCUGGUUCUUAGGGAGGUUUUUGCUCUUGUUCAUUUCAGUAUAUUGUUUAAAAGGCCUGCACAACUUAUGACAGAUAUGUCUGCUGGAUACCAAAGGGCUUAAAUAAUCCUUAUGGUUUUGCUGUCUACAAAACCAAACCAGGGGAGCUGUUGAGUCCCUGGCCGACCAUCAUAUUUGGCUGGGAGGCUGCAUUUGGCAAGAUGGUCACAGGCUAUGAAGGCCUGGCCCUCUGCUAUUAACUUUCUAGCCAAAUAUUUCCAAUAAACUUUAUUGCUUGAAAAACCAACUGAAAACAAUCAUAAGGGGAAAAAAUAUACAGGAAAAGAAGGAGCUUAAAUAUAAGCUUCAUUAUCUCUUUAAAACGAUAAAAAAUACUAGUCUGUACUCUGAAGUCUCCUUCAGCUAUCAAAGCAAAGGCAUCCCAAAAGCAUAGUUCAAAAGCUUGAAAUAUGAUAUACAUAAAGUCAAAUUAGUAACUGACACAGCAAAGUAGAUAAUGUACAUCCCAAACUAAAGAAACAAAAACAAAUGAGAAACAAACAAAAAUCUUAGAAUACAUUCAAAAUCAUUAUUGUGGUCACAGCCGAUCCUCCUUUUAUUUCCUUCCAGUUUUAUGGAUUUUUAUUGAAUUAAAUAUUCUUUAAACAAGCCACAGCAGUAAAGUUGAAAUUUAUUGGGCAUGUUUCCCCCCCUGGGGUGGGGUGUGUUUUUCUCUUGUGAUGUCAAUGAAGUGCCUCUGAUAACAUUUCUAAAAUAGCAAGUUCUGUUUUAGGUGCUUAUUUAACCAUUUUGGCCAUAGUUGUGUCUUGUAAAGAACAAAAGGGUGGGGGAAGAGUGCUUUAGUAUGAUGACUGGCAACAAAAGUCUUUGAUAUGUUACUAAACCUAGAUAUAUAAUCCAGUGUACAUAGCCUCUGUG